UACCACGGCAACAGACGAGGCUGUUUAUCGUGUGCGCCAUGGAUGUAUGCUAUCACAUUAGCAUGACUGUUAUUCUGAAUCCCAUUGCAAAUUAAAGCACUUAUUGGGGGGGAAUGUGGAAAUGUGUCUGCUUCUUGGAGCGACUGGUGUUGGAAAAACGCUGCUGGUGAAACGUCUCCAAAAGCUCACUUUACGCGAUGGAUCGAGUGAAAUGGGAGAACCACCCGGUACUCUGCCGACUGUCGGCACCAAUCUCACCGAUUUGACGCUGAAGAGAAAAAAGGUUACAGUGAGAGAGCUGGGAGGCUGCAUGGGCCCCAUCUGGUCCAGUUACUUCACUGACUGCUCCAGUGUUGUAUUCAUGGUGGACUCCGCCAACAUAUUCCAGAUAUCAGCAUCCUGUAUCCAGCUGUUGUCAGUUCUUGCGGCGGAGCCUCUACAUGCUGCCUCCGUACUGGUUAUUUUCAACAAAAGGGACUUGCCUUGUACUAUGAGUCUAGUCGAAAUGAAGUCACUGUUCAGAAUGGAUGACAUCAUUGCAUCUGCCCCUCAGCCCGUAACGACACUGGAGGUCAGCGCCCGCUCUGGCCAAGGACUGAAAGAGGUGCUCAGCUGGCUGGACUCAAACACAUCAAAAUGACCUCAUCAGGCAUUAUUUAAAUCCAUCAUAAUUGACAAACAGCUGUUAUGGAGACAGGAACUGAUGUAACUGGUGCUCGUUCUUCCAGAGGAAUUGAUCAACCCCCCCACAAAGAAUAAUUUUGCACAUUGACACACAAGAAAUGACAGAUAAAAAUGAGAUUAUUCCUCACAUAUUGUUUUUGUUUAAAUGGGAGGCUGUAAAACAGAAAAUGAACAAUAUGAUGAUACUCUUUUCUGUAUUAAGCAUUCAAUCAUACAUACCAUUUUUUUGUGUAUCAGAAACAUGAUCAGAUUAUUUAUUUUUUCAUAUUGUUAAACAGCUCUUUAUCUGUUCAAAGAUAACUUAAGUAGUCUUUAAAUCAUAACUGUUGUUUAAUGUGUGUAAUACUUUACAUUGUUCUUUGUUAUAAAUAACUGAGCUAUCGAUGCUGAGCUGUAUUUUGAGCUUUACUGCCUAAGAUAUAUAACGCAUUUGAACAAUAUAAUACAUUUGCCGACAUGGGAUUUAUUAAUAAUGGUAGUAAAGGGAGGUGGAGUUAAGAAUCGAGUUAAGGUUAUGCAAUUGAAUACGAUAAGCUCCUUUCUGUAUGAUUGUUACUAGUUUAUUACAUUCAUUUUUCGUAUAUAAUUAUGUCAAUUUUGUCGGUUUUGUUGAUAUGAAUGCUACCCCUCAGCCUAAUGCAUACCAAAAACAAUAAUGUGUACUAAUGUAAAAUAAUAAUUAAUAUUGUAUUAUCUAUAAAGUACCUAGCUGAUUCCUAUAUCUAACCUACAGUUUAGCAAAACUGAUGACUUGUGAAAUCAACGUUUCAAUAAAAUGUGUUGAAGGGGA